AUGGGCCGGCUCCGGCUGGCCGCGCUCACGAGGCAGAUCCCGGACGUCGCGUACUUGGCCAAGCAGCGCUUGCAUUCGGGCGCCGAUAUCACCUUGGCCUCUGUCAAUGCCCCUGCGGUUCCGCCUGACAUCUGGCAGCCACCAGAUUUCGCGCCCGAGACCCCUGCGAUGCAGUUGAACACGCUGCUCAAGGCUCUCGGCGUCGUUGCGCCCGCUGUCGAAGUGGCUGUGCCCAAGGGCUCGGAGGACAUGCCCUAUCUCGAGGUGUGCGAGAAGUACGGCGUCCAGCCGUCUCUUCUCUAUGACGGGAACGGCCUGUGCUGGUACAACAGCGACCGGACCUACAGCAGGUGCUGCGCUGGCGGCGACGCGGCGCGCGCAGGCUGCUGGUCGGGCCCCUGGUACACGGAGGACUUCUGCUGCCACCCGCUGCCCCCCGGCCACGAGCGCUGCUUUCAGGAGAUCGAGGGCCGCGCCCUCGCCAAGCUGGCGGUGCUAGAGCGGUUCGCCGGCGGCGUGGAUCCCGCCGGCGGUGCCGGGCGCGAGCACUGGGACCCCGAGGAAGCCGUGCAGCAGCUGGCCACGUACCAGUACCUGGUCUCCCAGCCCGUGUCCCUGUGGCUCUGGGCCUGCAGCGCACCCGAGUCGCCGCUGCUGUGGAGCGACGGCUGCAGCUGCUGCGACCCCCCGCAGGCGGGCUGCUCCCCCGGCGGCCCGAGAGACGAGCCGGGCCGCCGCAGCAGCGGGCACAGGCGCUGCUGCCACCCGGUGCUGGCGCGGCGCGCCCAGGAGGCGCCGGACCCCUCGCUGGAGGCGGCGAUCCAGGCCCACGUGGGGCCCGGCCUGCGCGUGCGCCGCGGGGCCGCCGCGGCCGCGGCGCGGUCGGCGCGGUGGCAGCUGACGCCGAGCACGCACGCCGGAGGCUGCCUGAUUGCGGUCCGCGCCGGGCGCGCGGCGCCGUGCGACGAGGCGCGCGCGUGCCCCGGCUUCGACUGCUCCUACGCGCGGGCGCUCGUGGCGGCGCUGGACGCCGUGUCCGCCGCCGCGCCGCUGCCCGACCUGGACCUGCUGGUGAACGCCGGGGACGUCACCCUCAGGGGGUGGACCAACACGCUCGCGCUGCCGGUGGAGUGGCAGCUGCACCCUGGCCAGUGCCUGCGGCACCUCUCGCGCGCGGCCCGCGCCGCGGAGGCGGCGCCCUGGGAGCACCGCGCCGCCAGGCUCGCCUGGCGCGGGGCGCCGUCGAACUGCCGCGCGGCGCGCUGCAGGCCCGGCGCGCCAGAAGGCGAGCACCGGGACUGCACCUGGAACGCGUCCACGUGGCUCUCCCUGCAGCGCGGACGGCUCGUGUGGCUCUCGCGGUUCGCGCCCUCGCUGAGCCGGGGGCUGGUGCGGUCACCGUUCCUCCCGCUGCAUUCCGAGCUCGAGCGCUUCUUGGAGGACCUGGGCCUGCUCUCGGAGCCGAUGAGCAUCGAGGAGCAGGCCCAGUACAAGUACACCGCCGCCCUCGAGGGCGACUCGGCGGCCGACCGGCUGUACUGGCAGCUGUUCACGGGCUCCGUGGUGCUCGUGCCGGAGGGCCCGUGGCAGGAGCUGGCCCUGAGGGAGCUGCUGGAGCCGUACGUCCACUACGUGCCCGUGCGGUACGACCUGAGCGACCUCGUCGACCGAGUCUCGUGGCUCCGAGAAAACGACGACGAAGCGCGCAGGAUCGCGCAACGUGCGCUGACCUUCGCGCAGCGCCACCUGACGUGCGACGGCGUUCUCUACUUCCUGGACCGCCUCCUCCGGGCGUAUGCCCAGAAGGUGGUGGAGUGA